AUGCUCCGCUUGCUGCUGCUCUGCGGGGCCCUGGGCUGCGGGCGGACCAGGCGGGUAAGGCAAGGACACGCCCCGCUCACCUUUACCAUGCUGCAAUGGACCCGCGUCUCCAAAGGCAGCUCCGUCUUCUGGGGGAACGCCAGCCUGGAUGGGCAGCUCAGCCAUCUCCUGGAGGGGCUUAAUGUCACCCAGGUGCUGCCGCUGGAGCCCCCGGACGCCUGGGCCAGGCGGCAGCAGGACGUGACCACCUACCUGCUCUACUUCAGCCAGCUGGUGAAGCUCUUCAGCAAGGAGAGGCCCAUCAACUACACCCAGAGCCUGUGCUGCCGCCUGGGCUGCCGCCUCUUCCCCAACGGCACGGCCCACAGCUUCUACGAGGUGACCCUCAACGGGACGGCUUUCCUCAGCUUCCAUGUCCCCAAUGCCACCUGGGAGCGGCGCUGGCCCGGCAGGGACGUGGUGGCCACCUUUGCCGAAAGGGAGCUGAUGAAGUACCCCAAGACCACCCAGGACCUCCAGCAUUUCCUCAACACCACCUGCGUCGGCAUCCUGCAGGCUCAGAGCGCCGGGACGGGAAAACAGAGCAGCCGGUCACACGCCCCGCUGGUGCUGGGCCUGAUCCUGGGGACCCUCGCCUUGCUGGGCAUGGCCGUGGGGAUCUUCUUGUGCACGGGAGGGAGCUGCUAGCGGAGCCGGCAGCCGUCCCACAUCACCCCGUGGAGGCAGGGGACGGACCCAUCGUCACCUCGUGGAGGCAGGGACCAAGCCCGUGCCCCGCAAGGGAUGCAUCUCCCCAGCGCCACGGCCUUCGCUCCCAAAGGACACCGGCGGCUUCCCUGCCUGGUCCCAGCUGGGCUGACACCCCCAGCAGCAGCACCCUGCCCCGGGGACGGUCCCCAUGCCGGGCUGGCGCGAUGCGCUGAGACUUAACGCAGAAAUACGCUUGGCACGGAUGGCAAAAACUGGGGAAGAGUGGUGGUGGCGGGGGGGGGAAGUAGCAGGAGAAACAGCCAAGAAACGGUUAAAAGGAUGGCAUCGAAACCCUCAUUUAUCCCCGUUCCAGUGGGGACAAAUGCCCGGGAGGGAGGAUGUCACACCUUUGUGGCACUGCUUCGAGAUGUCCUGUAAUAAAACCGCCCAU